ACCACGACACCUACACCAACAUUAACCCACUUUUACAGCCACUGUCACCCAUCAAAUUUGAUAGCGCGGAUUCUCAAAAAACACUACACACAACCAUCACCACCAUGUUCAGGAGAGUCGCAGCAGCAGUGCCCGCCCAGGCCGGAAGACUUGUCGCAACGGCCGCCAGGCCCAGCAUUGCAUCACCUAUUCGCACAGCCGCACCUGCCAUGGCAGCCGUUGGAAGGAGGCACUACCAUGAGAAAGUGCUCGACCACUACAACAAGCCACGAAAUGUUGGCUCCAUGUCCAAGUCGGACACGGAUGUUGGCACAGGACUUGUUGGCGCACCCGCAUGUGGCGACGUCAUGAAGCUUCAGAUCCGCGUUGACCCCAACAACAACACCAUCAGCGACGUCAAGUUCAAGACUUUCGGUUGCGGCAGUGCCAUUGCCAGUUCAAGUUAUCUGACCGAGCUGGUCCGUGGUAUGACGUUGGAGGACGCGGCGAGGAUCAAGAACACGGAGAUUGCAAAGGAGCUUUGCCUACCACCUGUGAAGCUACACUGCUCCAUGCUUGCUGAAGACGCCAUCAAAUCCGCCAUUUCCAACUACUACACCAAGAACCCCAACGCACGGCAAACAGACCUCGGCGGCAAGUCUGCGCCGCUGCCAAAGGUAGAAAUUGAGACUGUAUCUUCUGCUACGGCCUAGCGGAGAUUGAUGGCAACACCAAAUUGAUACCAGGGCAGUGAAAGGAAGGACUUGGGCGUUGCAGCGUUAUGGCAGCCGGCUACCUGUAUUAGUAGGCUAAGGAGGAAUACCUAAAUGUCGCAAUGAAAAAAAAAGUC